CCUGAAAUAACCUCAGUCACGUUUAACUAAUUCUAAGAUUUUACAUAGGUUGGUGAAAUAAAUAAUAAUUUAAAUAUUUAUAUGAUUAAUAGUAGAGUGAAAAAAAAUCAUAUAAUAACUCUAAUCUCUUAAUAUAAUAUUUAGAGGCCAGUAUAAAACAACGAAGCGCUAUGGCGAAACCUGCACCAAAAGGUGGGAAAACGAAGUCGAGUGAAGAAAUAUUUGCAGGAUUCCAAACAUUAAGAAGUGAACAAAGACAACUAGCUAAUAAAAUUUCAGAAUUAGAAAUGGAUCUCAAUGAACACAAAAUAGUUAUAGAUACACUUAAAGGUGUUGAUGGAUCUCGCAAAUGCUUCCGAAUGGUUGGAGGAGUACUGGUGGAACGGACAGUGGCCGAUGUACUACCUGAACUGGAAAUGAAUAAGGAGAGGUUACCUAAAGCAUUACAAGCAUUACAUGAGCAGUUGAGCCGCAAAGGACAAGAGAUAAAUGAAUACAUUGAACGCCAUGACAUUAGGGUUCAAAAAGCAGACCGUCCACCUGCUGAUGACACACCUGAUCAACCUACCAAAUCCAAUGUACUUGUUGCUAGUGGAUGAGUCCUCAGUGUACAGAAAUAAGCCCAGAGCUUGUAUCUUUUUAUUUAUAACAACUAACAUGAUGGCUUAACAGAUUGUUUCUAAUAUCAAAUUGCUUUUCUCA